AUGUGUUACGCCACUUCGUGUAAUUUCGAAUGCAAAAUCAAAUUCCUCGUGCCCAAACGUGGUAUUUUUUUAUUGGCAUCCAAAUACGGUGUUAUUUUCCUGGCGCCCAAACAUGGUGUUAUUUUCCUGGCGCCCAUACGUGGUGUUAUUUUACUGGUGCCCAAACAUGGUGUUAUUUUACUGGUGCCCAAACAUGGUGUUAUUUUACUGGUGCCCAAACAUGGUGUUAUUUUCCUGGCGCCCAUACGUGGUGUUAUUUUACUGGUGCCCAAACAUGGUGUUAUUUUACUGGUGCCCAAACAUGGUGUUAUUUUCCUGGCGCCCAUACGUGGUGUUAUUUUACUGGUGCCCAAACAUGGUGUUAUUUUACUGGUGCCCAAACAUGGUGUUAUUUUCCUGGCGCCCAUACGUGGUGUUAUUUUACUGGUGCCCAAACAUGGUGUUAUUUUACUGGUGCCCAAACAUGGUGUUAUUUUCUUGGCGCCCAAACAUGGUGUUAUUUUCCUGGCGCCCAAACAUGAGGUUAUUUUCCUGGCACCCAAACAUGGUGUUAUUUUCCUAGCGCCCAAACAUGGUGUUAUUUUCCUGGCGCCCAAACAUGGUGUUAUUUUCCUGGCGCCCAUACGUGGUGUUAUUUUACUGGUGCCCAAACAUGGUGUUAUUUUACUGGUGCCCAAACAUGGUGUUAUUUUCCUGGCGCCCAUACGUGGUGUUAUUUUACUGGUGCCCAAACAUGGUGUUAUUUUACUGGUGCCCAAACAUGGUGUUAUUUUCUUGGCGCCCAAACAUGGUGUUAUUUUCCUGGCGCCCAAACAUGAGGUUAUUUUCCUGGCACCCAAACAUGGUGUUAUUUUCCUAGCGCCCAAACAUGGUGUUAUUUUCCUGGCGCCCAAACAUGGUGUUAUUUUCCUGGCGCCCAUACGUGGUGUUAUUUUACUGGUGCCCAAACAUGGUGUUAUUUUACUGGUGCCCAAACAUGGUGUUAUUUUCCUGGCGCCCAUACGUGGUGUUAUUUUACUGGUGCCCAAACAUGGUGUUAUUUUACUGGUGCCCAAACAUGGUGUUAUUUUACUGGUGCCCAAACAUGGUGUUAUUUUACUGGUGCCCAAACAUGGUGUUAUUUUCCUGGCGCCCAUACGUGGUGUUAUUUUACUGGUGCCCAAACAUGGUGUUAUUUUACUGGUGCCCAAACAUGGUGUUAUUUUCCUGGCGCCCAUACGUGGUGUUAUUUUACUGGUGCCCAAACAUGGUGUUAUUUUACUGGUGCCCAAACAUGGUGUUAUUUUACUGGUGCCCAAACAUGGUGUUAUUUUCCUAGCGCCCAAACAUGGUGUUAUUUUCCUGGCGCCCAAACAUGGUGUUAUUUUCCUGGCGCCCAAACAUGGUGUUAUUUUCCUGGCGCCCAUACGUGGUGUUAUUUUACUGGUGCCCAAACAUGGUGUUAUUUUCCUGGCGCCCAUACGUGGUGUUAUUUUACUGGCGCCCAAACAUGAGGUUAUUUUCCUGGCACCCAAACAUGGUGUUAUUUUCCUAGCGCCCAAACAUGGUGUUAUUUUCCUGGCGCCCAAACAUGGUGUUAUUUUCCUGGCGCCCAUACGUGGUGUUAUUUUACUGGUGCCCAAACAUGGUGUUAUUUUACUGGUGCCCAAACAUGGUGUUAUUUUACUGGUGCCCAAACAUGGUGUUAUUUUCUUGGCGCCCAAACAUGGUGUUAUUUUCCUGGCGCCCAAACAUGAGGUUAUUUUCCUGGCACCCAAACAUGGUGUUAUUUUCCUAGCGCCCAAACAUGGUGUUAUUUUCCUGGCGCCCAAACAUGGUGUUAUUUUCCUGGCGCCCAAACAUGGUGUUAUUUUCCUGGCGCCCAUACGUGGUGUUAUUUUACUGGUGCCCAAACAUGGUGUUAUUUUCCUGGCGCCCAUACGUGGUGUUAUUUUACUGGCGCCCAAACAUGAGGUUAUUUUCCUGGCACCCAAACAUGGUGUUAUUUUCCUAGCGCCCAAACAUGGUGUUAUUUUCCUGGCGCCCAAACAUGGUGUUAUUUUCCUGGCGCCCAUACGUGGUGUUAUUUUACUGGUGCCCAAACAUGGUGUUAUUUUACUGGUGCCCAAACAUGGUGUUAUUUUACUGGUGCCCAAACAUGGUGUUAUUUUACUGGUGCCCAAACAUGGUGUUAUUUUCCUGGCGCCCAUACGUGGUGUUAUUUUCCUGGCGCCCAAACAUGAGGUUAUUUUCCUGGCACCCAAACAUGGUGUUAUUUUCCUAGCGCCCAAACAUGGUGUUAUUUUCCUGGCGCCCAAACAUGGUGUUAUUUUCCUGGCGCCCAUACGUGGUGUUAUUUUACUGGUGCCCAAACAUGGUGUUAUUUUACUGGUGCCCAAACAUGGUGUUAUUUUCCUGGCGCCCAUACGUGGUGUUAUUUUACUGGUGCCCAAACAUGGUGUUAUUUUACUGGUGCCCAAACAUGGUGUUAUUUUACUGGUGCCCAAACAUGGUGUUAUUUUACUGGUGCCCAAACAUGGUGUUAUUUUCCUGGCGCCCAUACGUGGUGUUAUUUUACUGGUGCCCAAACAUGGUGUUAUUUUACUGGUGCCCAAACAUGGUGUUAUUUUCCUGGCGCCCAUACGUGGUGUUAUUUUACUGGUGCCCAAACAUGGUGUUAUUUUACUGGUGCCCAAACAUGGUGUUAUUUUACUGGUGCCCAAACAUGGUGUUAUUUUCCUAGCGCCCAAACAUGGUGUUAUUUUCCUGGCGCCCAAACAUGGUGUUAUUUUCCUGGCGCCCAAACAUGGUGUUAUUUUCCUGGCGCCCAUACGUGGUGUUAUUUUACUGGCGCCCAAACAUGAGGUUAUUUUCCUGGCACCCAAACAUGGUGUUAUUUUCCUAGCGCCCAAACAUGGUGUUAUUUUCCUGGCGCCCAAACAUGGUGUUAUUUUCCUGGCGCCCAUACGUGGUGUUAUUUUACUGGUGCCCAAACAUGGUGUUAUUUUACUGGUGCCCAAACAUGGUGUUAUUUUACUGGUGCCCAAACAUGGUGUUAUUUUCUUGGCGCCCAAACAUGGUGUUAUUUUCCUGGCGCCCAAACAUGAGGUUAUUUUCCUGGCACCCAAACAUGGUGUUAUUUUCCUAGCGCCCAAACAUGGUGUUAUUUUCCUGGCGCCCAAACAUGGUGUUAUUUUCCUGGCGCCCAAACAUGGUGUUAUUUUCCUGGCGCCCAUACGUGGUGUUAUUUUACUGGUGCCCAAACAUGGUGUUAUUUUACUGGUGCCCAAACAUGGUGUUAUUUUACUGGUGCCCAAACAUGGUGUUAUUUUCUUGGCGCCCAAACAUGGUGUUAUUUUCCUGGCGCCCAAACAUGAGGUUAUUUUCCUGGCACCCAAACAUGGUGUUAUUUUCCUAGCGCCCAAACAUGGUGUUAUUUUCCUGGCGCCCAAACAUGGUGUUAUUUUCCUGGCGCCCAUACGUGGUGUUAUUUUACUGGUGCCCAAACAUGGUGUUAUUUUACUGGUGCCCAAACAUGGUGUUAUUUUCCUGGCGCCCAUACGUGGUGUUAUUUUACUGGUGCCCAAACAUGGUGUUAUUUUACUGGUGCCCAAACAUGGUGUUAUUUUACUGGUGCCCAAACAUGGUGUUAUUUUACUGGUGCCCAAACAUGGUGUUAUUUUCCUGGCGCCCAUACGUGGUGUUAUUUUACUGGUGCCCAAACAUGGUGUUAUUUUACUGGUGCCCAAACAUGGUGUUAUUUUCCUGGCGCCCAUACGUGGUGUUAUUUUACUGGUGCCCAAACAUGGUGUUAUUUUACUGGUGCCCAAACAUGGUGUUAUUUUACUGGUGCCCAAACAUGGUGUUAUUUUCCUAGCGCCCAAACAUGGUGUUAUUUUCCUGGCGCCCAAACAUGGUGUUAUUUUCCUGGCGCCCAAACAUGGUGUUAUUUUCCUGGCGCCCAUACGUGGUGUUAUUUUACUGGUGCCCAAACAUGGUGUUAUUUUCCUGGCGCCCAUACGUGGUGUUAUUUUACUGGCGCCCAAACAUGAGGUUAUUUUCCUGGCACCCAAACAUGGUGUUAUUUUCCUAGCGCCCAAACAUGGUGUUAUUUUCCUGGCGCCCAAACAUGGUGUUAUUUUCCUGGCGCCCAUACGUGGUGUUAUUUUACUGGUGCCCAAACAUGGUGUUAUUUUACUGGUGCCCAAACAUGGUGUUAUUUUACUGGUGCCCAAACAUGGUGUUAUUUUCCUGGCGCCCAUACGUGGUGUUAUUUUACUGGCGCCCAAACAUGGUGUUAUUUUACUGGUGCCCAAACAUGGUGUUAUUUUCUUGGCGCCCAAACAUGGUGUUAUUUUCCUGGCGCCCAAACAUGAGGUUAUUUUCCUGGCACCCAAACAUGGUGUUAUUUUCCUAGCGCCCAAACAUGGUGUUAUUUUCCUGGCGCCCAUUCGUGGUGUUAUUUUACUGGUGCCCAAACAUGGUGUUAUUUUACUGGUGCCCAAACAUGGUGUUAUUUUCCUGGCGCCCAUACGUGGUGUUAUUUUACUGGUGCCCAAACAUGGUGUUAUUUUACUGGUGCCCAAACAUGGUGUUAUUUUCCUGGCGCCCAUACGUGGUGUUAUUUUACUGGCGCCCAAACAUGGUGUUAUUUUACUGGUGCCCAAACAUGGUGUUAUUUUACUGGUGCCCAAACAUGGUGUUAUUUUACUGGCGCCCAAACAUGGUGUUAUUUUACUGGUGCCCAAACAUGGUGUUAUUUUACUGGCGCCCAAACAUGGUGUUAUUUUACUGGUGCCCAAACAUGGUGUUAUUUUACUGGCGCCCAAACAUUGUUAUUUUACUGGCGUCCAAACGUGGCUAAUUCGUCUUGGGAAUGAGCUCCCCUCCACGGUGUUCCCUCACUACUAUAACAUGGUCCGCUUCAAGAGAGGCUUAAAUAGUGUUUCACGAAAGGCAGCGUUACAGCUGUCACUGGCACUGCUGAUGUCCAUAGAUGACGGUAACCACUUAACAUCAGUUGGCAGGUUCUCUAAUAAGUGA